GAGCCUCCUAGCGUCCAGCGAUCCCACCACUUCCAGCAGCCUCUGGUGUGUAAUGAUGUUAUUUUUCUCCACACUACUACAUUGUACGAAGUACAGCCAAUAAAAUCAUCGAUACUCAUCGAUGUCGGCGGCGCUGUGACGUUACGUCUGGUCUCGCCUUGCGCUGGUGCUUUCUACGUCGCACUUUUAGAAAAGAGGACUAAAGGAUCGCAUUUAGCGAGCUGAUCGGAAGUGUUAAUUCGCUCUUGUCAACCUCAGGGAUACGAUCGUACAUUCAAAUCUCUGCAAAAUGGCGAAUGAACGUUUGGAUUUGGUGAUAUUUGGUGCCACUGGAUUUACUGGAAAAUAUGCGGUAAAACAAGCAAUACGUUUCUGCAAAGAGUACAGGAUGAAGUUUGGUAUUGCUGGUCGUAGGAAGGAAGGUUUAGAAGCUGUUCUAAAAGAAUUAAAAACGGAGGACAAUCCGUUAGAUGAUGUGCCACUUAUUUUGGCUGAUGUGAAAGAUGAAGAGUCUCUUAAGACGAUGACUAAACAGGCAAAAGUCAUUGUCAAUUGCUGUGGUCCGUAUAGAUUUUAUGGAGAGCCAGUUGUUAAGGCUUGUGUUGCUACUCGCACUCAUCAUGUCGAUAUCUCUGGCGAACCACAGUACAUGGAAAGGAUGCAGUUGGAAUAUAACAAAGCGGCUCAAGAAGCUGGUGUUUAUAUAGUGAGCGCUUGCGGUUUUGACAGCAUACCUACAGAUCUAGGAGUCAUCUUUGCGCAGGAGAAAUUUGAUGGAGAAGUCAACAGUGUGGAAACUUACUUAACUGCUUCGGGAGACGGUAGCGGUUCUUCUCUGAAUUACGGGACUUGGGAGUCCGCGGUGUACGGUUUAGCUCAUGCAAACGAAUUACGAGAACUGCGUACAAAAUUAUAUCCAAUCAAAUUGCCCAAAUUCAUGCCCCCACUAAAAUCCAAAGGUCUUCUACAUUGCAGUGAUGUUUCCAGAGGAUAUUCGGUACCAUUUUUGGGUUCCGAUCGCUCUGUAGUACAGCGCACCCAACGAUUCUUGUACGAGAAGUACAAACAGAGACCAGCGCAAAUACAGACUUACGUAACGUUUCAAUCUUUGCUUGUUGUUGUGGGUUUGGCCAUUAUUGGUGGGCUCUUUUCAAUCAUGUCUCGCACAUCGUUUGGUCGGAAGUUACUUCUAAGAUAUCCAGCUUUAUUCUCGUGCGGCUAUGUGACUCGUGAAGGUCCAAACCCAGAAUCACUGGAACGUACACGCUUUUCUGUAACGUGCAAAGCUCUUGGAUGGACCGAAAAAUUGACCGAACCCACUUUUGAGCAUACAGAUCCGCCGAACAAGAAAGUGAUUAUAAAAGUUAGCGGUGUUAAUCCAGGAUAUGGCGCAACUACCAUUAUGCUAGUCCUAUCGGCGAUUACAAUUCUUAAAGAAGCGGACAAAAUGCCUGACAAUGGGGGAGUACUUCCUCCUGGAGCUGCGUUCUCUAAAACUUCUCUAAUCGAGCAGUUGAAUAAAAAUGAUGUUAAAUUCGAAGUACUCUCAUCUACCGAGAUAUAAAAUUAUGUUUAAGGUCUUUUCAUGAACAAUAUAAUUUUUAUUGAAAUAUUUUCGUAAUGUUUUUUCUAACGCGCUUUGUAAUGAAGAAGAUUGAUUUUGAUACUACGAAAUUUUGUAGCUGUUUAGUAUAAAAACGAUACGCUUUACAUAUACACACAUGUGUUUCUUGAUACUUCAAGAGAAAAUUAUUCAAAACAUAUAUAACUGAUUACAAGCUAAUCUACAACAACUGAUUGUACUAGUAAUGAUAACAGCGUUAUGCAAGUGAUAUUUUGUGACGAUGUAUCUAAAAAAAGAGAAAUCAAAAAAAUGUUAUUGUACUUAUUCGCUUUAAAGAGGAUGUAAACAAUGUUUGAUGAUAUAUCAUAUAUAAUAUUGAGAUCUGAGAAAUAUUUACGUUACCAUUUUAUAAUUUGCAAAACCACCAGAGUUUGUACUACCACUUUGUGAUUCUACUCGUAAAAAAUAUUUGUUACAUUGUAUUAUAUUAGGAUUACUUGAUGUUAGACGAAAAAUAGUUACGAGAUUUUUGUGUGUGAAAAACGAUUUUACUUUAAGAAAGUUUUAAUUUUUAUAUGUAUCUAUGUUUCUAAUAAUUGGA